CAGUAGUUGUACCUAAUCGUUUAGCGUGAGUGCAUUUGUAUAGCAUUUUUCUCAGCAAAUUGCAAGAACUUAAAAGUUUUCAAUGUUUGGGACUCAAUAGGUCUGAAUCUCCCUCUUCCCUCAAACAGAUUGGCGCCCCAGUGAGAUUUGAGGCGUGAAUUUGUGAGCAUAAGAGCCAUGGACGGCAGCGUGCAAGAGCGGUUGCUGAGCUCAGGAAAUGAGCCGGAGGGUGACUUGAAGGGAAGAGUUUAUGUAGAAUCCAAGAAAAUAUGGAGGGUUGCAUUCCCCAGUGUGAUUUCUAGAGUUUCUUCCUUCGGUACGAUUGUAGUCACGCAGUCUUUUAUCGGGCACAUAAGCUCCGUGGAUCUUGCUGGUUAUGCCCUUGUUCAGACCUUGCUAGUGCGAUUCGUGAAUGGGAUUCUGAUUGGAAUGUCGAGUGCAACUGAGACUCUGUGUGGGCAAGCAUUUGGGGCAAAGCAGUACCACAUGAUGGGCAUUUUCUUGCAGCGAUCAUGGCUGGUGGAUCUUCUCUCAAUGACUAUAUUAGUGCCUCUCUUUCUCUUCGGAGCUCCCAUCUUUAGGCUACUUGGCCAGGAAGAGGAUAUUGCAGUGUCUGCAGGAUAUAUUUCUCUGUGGUUCAUCCCCUUCAACUAUGCCAUUGUGUUUGCAUUGACAAUUCAAAUGUAUUUGCAAGCACAGCAAAAGAACAGGAUCAUAGCUUACCUAUCGGUUCUGCAAUUCCUGGUCCACUUCCCUUUAUCUUAUCUAUUCGUCUACAUUCUCGAAUGGGGGGUUGGGGGUGCUAUGCUUGCAUUAAACAUGUCUCAGUGGGUCACGAUUAUCGGAGAGUUCAUCUACAUAUUCGGGGGAUGGUGCCCUGACUCGUGGACAGGUUUCUCGAUGGCUGCAUUCAAGGACAUACUUCCAGUGGUGAAACUCUCCAUUGCUUCUGGCCUGAUGGUUUGCCUCGAGUUAUGGUACUAUGCCAUUCUAGUCUUGGUAGCAGGAUACAUGAAGAAUGCUGAAGUUGCAAUUUCUGCCUUCUCUAUUUGCCUCAACAUCAAUGGAUGGGAGUUCAUGAUAUGCUUGGGCAUUCUUGGCGCUGCUUGUGUGCGGGUUGCUAACGAGCUAGGAAGAGGAGACGCUAAUGCUGUUAGAUUUGCGAUCAAGACCCUUCUUGGUACUUCAGUUGUCAUAGGGGUAGUUGUUUGGAUCCUCUGCUUGGUCUUCGGCAAUCAACUCGGGUACUUAUUCACCCAAGAAGUUGCGGUGGCUGAGGCUGUAUCGGAUCUUGCGGUUCUUCUUGCUUUCUCAGUGUUGUUCAACAGCAUAUAUCCCGUGUUCUCAGGCGUUGCAGUUGGAGCAGGCAUGCAGUCCACAGUCGCGAUCAUCAAUGUCGUUUGUUUCUAUAUAAUUGGAUUACCAAUUGGGCUUGUGCUUGGAUAUGUCACCAAUCUUCAAGUAAAGGGCCUGUGGAUUGGAAUGCUCUGCGGUGUCAUCACUGAGACCCUCGCGCUGUCGUUCAUGAUGUGGAGGACGAACUGGGACGAAGAGGUACUAAAAGCUUCGGCUCGCCUCAAAAAGUGGUACCUCAAAUCUCCCGAAGAAGCUAAUUCAAAGUCUGAGCUAUCUUGAGUUCGGAAAUCUGGAGUUUCUGCAAAAGAUGCAGUGGCUGUUGAAGAUAUUUUUGACAGGAAACAUCGAUCGUUUUGGUGUUUCGUUCUAACUCCUCGAUGAUCGAGUCUGGAAAUUGCAGAGGUAGUUGGCUGAGGAGGAGGAGUAGGGAUCAAGAGAUCAUCACCAUGUUUUAGUUUUCUGCCAUUUUCGUUUUGGAUUUUGAGAGAUGUUGUAGUGUCAAGUAUUUGUUGUGCAUGACUGAAAACGAUGAACAAUUCUUCUUCAAACACCAAUAAUUAUCAUGCCUUGUUGUGAUUUA